UCUAUGCAGUAUUUUUACAACUCUGACAAAUUUUACGCCGCGCAUCUAUGCUCCCUACUCUAGUUCACAUUUUCAGAAGCUAUAUGAUCCUUAUUUUUAUCACCAAAGAUAAGAUAAUAAGUAAGAUGAAAAGAUUUGGAACGUAUGCAGAGGUGGAACCGACAUGGCUGGACGAGCAAUCUCGAUGACGAUAAUCGUUCUCGUGAAUUUAGAUAUAAAAACAUCGAUUCAAAUUUGACAGAGUAUGGGAAAGGAGAGAAGUUGUGGUGUUACCAAUGCAACACUAACUUGAGGAACAGGCACACGACGGAAUGCAACGAUCCUUACCCGUCAUCCUAUUUCGAUUUAACUCUCUGCCCUCGAAACGAGUCGCAUCAUUGUCUGAAAAGCAUCAUCGAUUAUGGAGACGUACUGGUGACGGUACGAGGUUGCGUGCCGUCACGAGAAAUCGAUGGAUACUGCCAACAAGCGGAACAUUUUCCAGGAUCCAGCAUUAAGUGCUCUUUUUGCGAUGAUUACGCUUGCAACAGCCAAAAUUCCAAUCGUGUUUCGAACAAUUUAAUAUUGAUAAUUUUAACUUCGAUAACUUCAAUGAUAUACUUGUUUUAACUCUUCUUCUUUUUUUUUUUUGUAAUAAAAUGGUUGAUUUCACGUUUCACGUGUUCUUACAAAAUAACUAAUUAGAAAUGGAAUAAGAUUGAAAUUAACUUUUAACGCGAAUGAAUAUUCUCACGAUUCUGAUUCUCA